UACGAAGAUGUGGAUGAAGCGUUGGAUUGUUGAUGCUGCAGCCUCAGUGUGAGCUCUGAGACGUCAUCAAUAUCACAGAUCAAUGAUCGACGGCGGAUUGUUGAAAUAUGACAGUGAUCAAUAACACUGAAACACCCGCGAACAGCCACACGAUCAGAAACCCUGCAGGAAGUGUGACAUCACAUCAGGACUCACACAGUUAAACACAACAACAGGGACAUUUUUGGAUUGUGCAUCAGCGGUCUGUGUGCGCGUGUGCGCUCGGGUGCGUGUGCGCGCAGGCGGAGGAUCGCCGAGUGGAGCCGUACCGUGCAGCAGGCACAAGCCGCUGGGCGCGCAGGAGAAGCCGCAAAAAAUACAGCAGCCGCUACUUGAAACUGCGAGGAGAGCAGAGGAGCGUCCGAACUUCAGUGUGCACGAGGCCAGAGAUCCAAAAUGGGAGGCAAGCUCAGCAAAAAGAAGAAGGGAUACAAUGUAAACGAUGAAAAGGCCAAAGACAAGGAUGCCAAGGCAGAGGGGGCCUCCGCUGAGGAGAGCGAGGCGCCGAAAGACAACAAAGACGAGGCUGCUGCCGACACUAAGGAGGUAGCGAACGACACGGCGGCCAAGGAGGCUCCGGCAGCAGACGCUGCAGCGCCUAAAGAGGAGGAGAAGAACGCAGCUCCUGCCGCAAAGGAGCCCGAGAAACCUGCCGCCAACGCCGAGCCUAAAGAGGCACCUAAGAGCGCCGAGCCCGCCAAGGCUGAGGAGAAACCAGCUGCUCCCGCCCCGGCCAAGGAAGCGGCCCCUGCCGCCAAGGAGCCCGAGGCUAAGGCCGCGGCGCCGACCCCGGCGGCUGAGAGUAAAGAUGAGGCCGACGCCAAAAAGACUGAGGCCCCCGCGGCACCAGCAGCCAAAGCCGAGGCGGCCCCCGCUGCCUCCCCUGACCCCAAGCCCACGGAGGCGCCGGCAAAGGAGGCCGCUGCAGCCCCUAGUUCAACACCAGCCAGCGAGCCUCCCGCCAAGGAGGCGAACGCCACAGAGGCACCAAGCAAGGAUCAAACCGUAGCAGUUCAAGAUUAAUGGACAGCUUCUUUUCGGAAAUUAAAAAAAUAAAGUACCUAACUCAACGAUGAUGAAGAUUAAAAAAAGUGAAAAUGAAAUUAACUAGCCCACCCAUAUUCUGAUGAUAACAAUAAUGAUAAUAAUUGUAAUAAUGAUGAUGUGUUGAACGAGGAGGACUGGAGCAACCACCUGGAGAAGUUUCCCACCGCUGCAGAUGAUUAUUGCUAUUAUUAUUGUUAUGUUUGAUUUUAUUUUUUUCUGCUGUAGUAUUUGAACUUUGAUACGAGUCUGUGUCGGCCAUUCCACCUCCAUCAUCCCUCUCCCUCGUACGUCAAGAGGUUUAACCCAUCUCAGCCCGCAGAAGGCCAGCGUUCAUCCGUGCACCCUCCGCUCUGUGGAUGUCACCAGUCAAACGUUUAGGGGAGUGGACGGAGGGGAGGUGGGGGGAGGGGAGGGUUCAGAAAUCACUUUACCAGCUGGACCAUUGAUCCGUCCACCCUUCAGCUCUCACCCUUCCUCUCAUCCUCCUCUUCAGAGCAUUGUGUUCUCAGCUUCGGCUCAAUUGUGGCUCUGUCCUUUUUUUUAACCCAUCCUCCAACGCUUUUUUUUUUAGUAUUGCUGGGUUGCGUUACCAUCCACGUUUCCUCUCUGGGUCACACGCCACUCUCUCAACCAACUCUUAACGUUUAAAUCUCACGUGAGGACCGAGAAUGUUUCGGGCUUUCUGGGACAUUUCCGAGGUUGAAGAAGUCUGACUUUGCAGAGCGAAACACAUUCUUAGACGUAACAAAACAGUCGUAGGAAUUUUUUCAGAUAGACUUCUAGAUUUUGUACUGAAACCCUUAGCUAUAUUAUAAGUGAACUAAGAGGUUUUUUAACAUUUGUAAUACGCUUAAAAAAUCUGCAAAGCCUUGCUGCAAAGACCUCCGCAGUGUUAUUAGAAAGUCUGAGGGAAGUCUCUGAUCCUCCGUCGCAAUCUGGUGACUAAUUUGAGCAGAUUUUUUAAUUUCAACAGACAAAUCUACUGCUGACCUGGACGAGCAGGCUUCACAGUCCCGGGCUGGAGGUGUUCUGAUAAAAAAUACCAAGUCGGUGACGUUUCCUGCAUUAUCAGUUCAUUUGUGUCGCUCAAAACAGAAUAAUUAAUCUGGAUCUUACCUGUGAUUAUCUUCAGUAGACAAACUCUAAAAGUCCUACAAUCAAGGCUGAGCUGCAGCACAUACACAAAAAGUAAAAGUAUAGUGUGAGAGCGUAAAGAUAGAGAGAACUAACAAACACAAAAAGACAAAAAUCUCCAACUUCUGUCUGCGUAUGUUUUCAGAUGAUGGCGUUAAGGUAUUUCCUGCCUUAGAAAUUCAAACAAACACUCCAGAACUCGUGGAGCCGUCUAACAGCUCCACAUCCACGUCCGUCCCUGUGGAGUGAAACCUCACCGGUUGGGUAUCGAAGCAGGUGAAACCACCUGAGACGAGGUCACUGACGAGAGCUGUUCGGUCCAGGUCGGUCAUGAGAUGUCUGAUCCCGCUGAGGACAGGAGGGGGGGAGGGGAGGGGGGGUUUGUUUCUAUGGCAACCACACACCAUAGCUAUCAUGAUGGGAUGGAAAAGCCUCACACACGGAAAGGGAGCUUUUGAUUUGAUCAUUUUCACUCCUCAUGCAUCAUUUCUGCAUCUCAUCAGUUUGCUUUCAGAGAUAUAUAUGACAUGUAGGUACAUGUGUGCAGCGGUGGAGACGAGUACUUACUCUGUGUUUUUAAACUGCAGUAGAAGUAUCAAUAUUACUUUGGAAAAAUACUCCACAGCAGAAAGGAAGGAAGGAAGGAAGGAAGGAAGGAAGGAAGGACCUGAAGAAGAAGCUUUGUGGGGAUUUUCCUGCUUUAAUAUGAGCUGAAGAAAGAAAAGAAGUAAAGACGGACUGAAAGAGAGAGUGAAGAUAUAGAAACAAGCGCAGAGGGACGUACUGACCUGCAUCUUUUUACUUUAUAUAAAAGUAUUUAUAUAACGGUGGUGGAGAAAUACUCCACGGCAGCAAAGUACUGCAUUGUCAUCCAAGGUGAAGGUACUGAUAGUGACGAGAGUGAAGAGAGAAACAAAGGAAUGAGGGAAUAAGGAAGGAAGGUAAGAUGUAAACAAGGAAGGAGAUGAAUAAGGAAACAUGGAAGGACGAGAAAUACCAGCAGCGAUCUUUCAUAAUCUGUGUGUUUGGGAGUAAAUACUAUAAAAUUCCGUUGCGUGAGAUACCAGCACCUUAAGAUGGAACCGAACUGCAGCGCUUGAGUGAAAUGUACUUUGGUCAUCUCCACCUCUGCAUACAUGUCGGUAUGUUAACGUAUAUAUUUACUCACCCCAUCCAUCCAUCCAUCCAUCCAUCCAUCCAUCCAUCCAUCCAUUCGCCAGCGUUUCAGUUCCAUCCGACUGACACAGGAUGUUGUUUUCCUCCCAGCACUUGUCAAACCGUAGCAGAAACGAACACUGGAGGAGCGCCGCGUGUCACUCGGUUCACUUUUUUCUUCCUCUCUUGACUCAGUAAAUUGCAUGUCCGUGGUUGGGUGAACCUGUAGUCCUGUCUUUUUGGUCAAGUGGAGAAAAAAAAAAAUUAAAAAUAAAAAUACAAAAAAAAAAAAAAAAAGAUUUCUCAGUCUGCAUCCAUGGCAACUACAGUUGAUAUUUUCAUUCCAUGUCUCACCACCUGCUACUUCCACCCCACACGUUCAUCCGAAAAACAGAACAAAAAAAAGAUAUGGAAAAUUGAUGCAUUCAAAAUUAUAUGUACUUGUAUAAAUGGUGCAACAGUAAUAAAAUGUAAGAAAUUGACUGAAACUUGA